CUUCACUUUCCCGGGAAACAAACAGAAAAAACCCCAGAUAUAAAACUGAAAUCGGAGUGUAACCCAUUGCCCUGACUCCGUUUUCGUGUCGGAAACAAUGGCUCCGACCAAGAAAGGAGCCACCUUUCCUCUGUUCCUGGCGUUGACCGCCAUGAUAAUCAACGGAGCUUUCUCGAGAUUCGUCGUGGAGAAGAGCAGCGUCGCCGUGCUGAAUCCGUUGGCGAGGGCGAAGCCCGCCCCCGCCAUAGCUAACUUCGGCGUCCCAAACUACGGCGGUUUCGUGAUCGGCUCCGUCGUCUACGCCGGCGAGGGAUCGUACGGAUGCGCCUCUUUCGAUAAGGCCUUCAAGCCGAAGUUUCCUCGCCCCACUAUCUUGCUUAUCGACCGUGGAGAUUGCUACUUCGCCUUGAAGGUUUGGAACGGGCAAAAAUCCGGGGCAGCAGCCGUUCUUGUGGCUGAUAACAUUGACGAGCCGCUGAUAACGAUGGAUUCUCCCGAGGAGUCCAAAGAAGCAGACGAGUUCAUCGAGAAAAUCAGCAUUCCGUCGGCUUUAGUCCAGCGUUCGUUCGGCGAUAGCCUGAAGGAAUCCCUUAAGAAAGGCGAAGAAGUCGUCCUCAAGAUAGAUUGGAGCGAAUCGUUACCUCAUCCAGACGAGAGAGUCGAGUAUGAGCUCUGGACCAAUACCAACGACGAAUGCGGCCCACGCUGCGAUGAACAGAUGAAUUUCGUCAAGAACUUCAAAGGGCACGCUCAGAUUCUCGAGAAACUCGGAUACACGUUAUUCACACCGCAUUACAUCACGUGGUUUUGCCCCGAGGCCUUUAUUCUCAGUAGCCAGUGUAAGUCUCAGUGUAUAAACCGAGGGAGGUAUUGUGCUCCUGAUCCUGAACAAGACUUUGGCAAUGGAUACGACGGGAAAGAUAUCGUGUACGAGAAUCUGAGACAGUUGUGCGUUCAUAGAGUUGCCAAAGAGAGUAACCGCUCGUGGGUAUGGUGGGAUUUCGUUACGGAUUUUCACAUCAGAUGUUCGAUGAAGGAGAAGAAAUACAGCAAAGAAUGCGCAGAGACUGUCGUUGAAUCUCUCGGUUUGCCGCUUGGCAAGAUCAAGAAAUGCAUGGGCGAUCCCGAUGCCGAUGUUGAGAAUGAAGUUCUGAAAACCGAGCAGCAGCUUCAGGUGGGCCGAGGAGAACGUGGCGAUGUCACCAUCUUGCCGACCUUGGUAAUCAACGAUGCUCAAUAUCGUGGUAAACUUGACAGAACAGCUGUUCUAAAGGCUAUAUGUUCGGGAUUCAAGGAAAGAACCGAACCCUCCAUAUGUUUAAGCGGAGACAUCGAGACGAAUGAAUGCCUCGAAAGUAACGGAGGGUGUUGGUACGAUAAGGGAGCUAACAUAACAGCUUGUAAGGACACAUUCAGGGGAAGAGUUUGCGAAUGCCCUGUCGUGAACGGUGUGCAAUACAAAGGAGAUGGCUAUUCAACGUGCGAGCCUUACGGGCCGUCGAGAUGUUCGAUGAACAACGGAGGCUGCUGGUCUGAAACCCGAAAGGGCGUAACUUUCUCUGCUUGUUCAAACUCCGAUGUAUCGGGAUGCCGUUGCCCGCCCGGGUUCCACGGAGACGGUCUGAGAUGUGAAGAUACCGAUGAAUGUAAGGAAAGAUCGGCGUGCCAAUGUGAAGGCUGCAAGUGUAAGAACACAUGGGGGGGAUAUGAAUGCAAGUGCUCAGGCAAUCGUCUCUACAUGAAAGAGCAAGACACUUGUAUCGAGAGAAGCGGAUCAAGGACCGCCCGGUUCUUCGCAUUCGUUGUCCUGGCAGCCAUCGGAGGGAUCUGCGUAGCCGGUUACAUGUUCUACAAGUACAGGCUCAGGUCAUACAUGGAUUCAGAGAUCGUGGCGAUCAUGUCUCAGUACAUGCCUCUCGAGAGCCAGAACACGGCCGAUUCUUUGACCGAGGCCCAGCCCUCGAGACAACACCCUGCAGUCUAAGUUACGGAAGAUGGGGGACACGGCUGAGUACCGAUAUAUAUAUAUAUAUAUACACACACUUCUCCGAGUUUCACUGCUGAGAAUGGGUUAUGAGCUGCAGGGAAAAACGAUUUUUUUUUUUUUUUUUUUUUUUUACAGAAGAAGAACUGGUGGAUGGUUUUCAUUUGGACAACUCUUUCAUGCUUGUAGAUAGAGAUAUAUAUGUUCAAGAUUAGUUCUUAGAUUUGAA